AUGCCCAAGGCUGCUAACAACUCCAAGACACAACCCAAGUGUUCCAAGUCGGAGGCCAAGACCGAGCCAAAGAAGGCCGGGAAGAAGGCGAGCCGCCCCGCUGUGCGGACGGGCUCGUUCACCUUGGUGAGCUCCCAGGGCCAGCACUUUCGCGUGCCCUCAAAGGUCCUGUACAAGGCUAGCACCUUUUUCAAGCAGCAGUACGGCGCCUGCAGCUGGCGACACGAGUUUCACACCAUGACCAACCCUGUCGUUGAAAGCUCGGAAAUGGUCCGCCUGCUGUGCCAGAUCCUCAUGGGCAAGUUUGACCUCCCCAAGGACACGUCCGCGUACAACGAGUACUGGGUCGGGCGCAUGGCCAACCUGCACCGCAUGCUCAGCCAGUUUACCGUGUACCCGCGCCUUGCGGGUCUGAAGUGCGAGCUGAAUGCCAAGGCGGCCAAGGAGCUCCAGGUGCUGGUCGCCGCGUACGCCGUGGCCUACUCCUGCGGCGACGCGGCGUGGGUCAUGAUCCUGCUCGCCAUGGCAGAUGGCCGUACCCUGCAGGCCUCGGAUCUUCCGGACUGGUUCCGCAAGAUGCUCGCCCCACAGGAGAUCUGGCCUCUGAUCCGUGCUUACACUCCGGGCUUUACGCACGCUCAGCGGAUCGCCAUGCUGCUCGAGUGCCAGCGCGAGGCACCCAAGCCGGAGGCCGAUGUUGAUGUCGAGGUCGAGUCUCCGGUCGCAGCUCCUGUUUCUGUUCCGUCCCGCCGUGCGAGCUUUGGCAGUGCCGAGCACCGGGCAGUUGUGGCGGCGGCAGCGACGACGGAGCGCCCGCUGCGUCGUUCCCGCGCGCACACGAUGGACUCGCAGGGGUCCAAGUAG